CUGUACUGUAUGCUUCCCGGGUUCGGUAAGCGCCACAGUUUCUCAUGCCAGUCUAGCACAGCCCUAUGAGAAAGCGAGAGUGCCUGUGUAAAUUUGUGCGGCAAGGUUGCUACCCAAACCGAAGAAAGCCCGCCGGACGAUGACAAGCCAGGCUACAGCGGCUGUCAUAGUAGAGGACAUUAUCCUGUGAACUAAAGGAAUUCGCCGUAUCAUAUAGGCAUUCUGUUGUAAUCGACCAUUUAAAGAAAAGAAAAAAAACAGACGGGCAAACGAAGUUGCGCGCACUGAAUGUUCAUAGAUUAAUUAUUGUGUUCGUAGCUAAUAUCAGCCCGGUGAAACCUUGCAUCGGUUUUUGGGGAUCUUUAGGCUAUGAAUGAGGCGACAUUGGGUAUCUGAAAUUUUCUAGGGAUUGGGAGUGAAUGGACCUUGGCUAAAAUCUCUAAAUUGAUUGAGCAUCAUUGAGGAACGCCGUUGUAGACUUUACCGUAGUAGGCUACUCGGAGCAUUUCCCGUGGAUGUAAGUAGCUACAACACUCCAUCACCUAAAGGAAGAGAAGACAAUUCAUUACUGGCUGUGUGAUCAGAACAAAAACAGCACCAGGAGCUUCCAUUGAAACCCGAAAGAAACAUGUGAAGACCGUGGUGAAGAUAAAAGCGCGAACCUAGCCUUUGAGAACACAAAGAGGAAGGUAGCCUCCCUCCCACUCCUCCUCCAUCCUCCCCCUGUUCAGUCUGCUGUUGCCUUGUUGCAGAGUCCCUAGUGGUAUGGAGGGCCGACGGUCGCGGCGAGUCACACAAUACAGCGCCAGGACUUUCCCAGCGGGCCCUACACGGGGCACUGUGCUGGCCAUGCUGGGCUGCUGGGUGUUAGCUGUCGCUGCCACCGUGUGCCAAGGCCAGACCACCUUCACCAGCUUCCACCCAGAGCGCCGGGAGUGGGCCUUCAACCAUCUGACGGUCCACCAGACAACUGGGGCGCUCUACAUUGGAGCAGUCAACCGUGUCUACAAGCUAUCAGGCAACCUGACCCUGAUGGUGUCCCACGACACAGGCCCUGAGGACGAUAACAAGGCCUGCUACCCGCCCCUCAUUGUCCAGCCCUGCUCUGAACCCCUGACCUCCACAAACAACGUCAACAAGCUGCUCCUCAUAGACUACAGCCAGAAUCGCCUUCUGGCUUGCGGUAGCCUCUACCAGGGAGUCUGUAAACUCCUUCGUCUGGACGACCUGUUUAUCCUAGUGGAGCCGUCCCAUAAGAAAGAGCACUACCUCUCCAGCGUCAACCAGACAGGCACCAUGUACGGGGUAAUCGUGCCCUCCCAUGGACAGGACGGGACUCUCUUCAUCGGGACGGCAGUAGACGGCAAGCAGGACUACUUCCCUACCAUCUCCAGCCGUAAGCUGCCCCGUGACCCAGAGUCCUCAGCCAUGCUUGACUACGAGCUCCACACGGACUUCGUCUCGUCUCUGAUAAAGAUCCCGUCAGACACGCUUGCGCUGGUGUCCCACUUCGACAUCUACUACGUGUAUGGCUUCGCCAGUGGUUCCUUCGUCUACUUCCUGACCGUCCAGCCUGAGACGCCGGAGAACAGCAUGUCAUCUGGCGGAUCCUCCAACGACCUCUUCUACACCUCGCGCAUCGUACGCCUCUGCAAGGAUGACCACAAGUUCCACUCAUACGUCUCCUUACCCGUGGGCUGCGUGAGGAAUGGCGUGGAGUACCGUCUCCUGCAGGCUGCCUACCUAGCUAAGCCGGGCCGUGUGCUGGCCGCCUCGCUGAACAUCAGUGCCACAGACGACGUGCUCUUCACCGUGUUCUCCAAGGGCCAGAAACAGUACCACCAGCCACCAGAUGACUCUGCGCUCUGCGUGUUCACCAUCAAGGACAUCAACGCCCGUAUCAAGGAGCGCCUGCAGUCCUGCUACCAGGGAGAGGGCAACCUGGAGCUCAACUGGCUGCUGGGAAAAGACGUGCAGUGCACAAAAGCUCCGGUGCCCAUCGAUGACUCGUUCUGUGGUCUGGACAUCAACCAGCCCCUAGGCGGCUCUCAGCUUGUGACGGGACACACCCUCUACACAGAGACACGGGACCGCAUGACCUCCGUCACCUCCUACGUCUACAACGGAUACUGCGUGGCCUUCGUCGGCACCAAGAACGGACGCCUCAAAAAGAUCCGUGUGGACGGUCCUCCUCACGGUGGGGUGCAGUAUGAGACAAAGCUGGUCAUCAAGGACGGCAGCCCCAUCCUCAGAGACAUGGCCUUCUCUCUGGACCACAACUACCUCUACGUCAUGUCAGAGAAACAGGUGACCCAGGUGCCUAUAGAGUCAUGUGAUCAGUACGGGACGUGUGGAGAGUGCCUGAGCUCCGGUGACCCCCACUGUGGCUGGUGUGUCCUACACAACAUGUGUUCUCAGAAGGAUCGUUGUGAGCGUGCUGAUGAGCCGUACCGUUUCGCGGCCGCUCUCCCCCAGUGUGUGAAGGCCACCGUGUACCCAGAUAGCAUCGCAGUGUCAGAUCCCAGCAUGCCGUUGCUGGUGAAGGUGUCUGAUGUCCCCGACCUCUCGGCUGGGAUCACCUGUUCCUUUGGCAACCUGACAGAGGUAGAGGGACAGGUCAGCGGUAACCAGAUCCUCUGUGUGUCCCCCGCUGCUAAGGAUGUCCCUCUCAUCCCCACCGACCAAGACUGGUCAGGUGUAGAGUUAAGGCUGAACUCUAAGGAGACUGGCCAGAUGGUCAUCAGCACAGAGGUCAAGUUCUACAACUGCAGUGUCCACCAACUGUGUCUGUCCUGCGUGAACAGUGCCUUCCGCUGCCAUUGGUGCAAGUACCGAAACCUGUGUACCCACGACCCUUCCAGCUGCUCCUUCCAAGAGGGACGUGUCAACGCCUCUGAGGACUGUCCUCAGCUGGUACGUUCGGAGGAGAUUCUGAUCCCGGCUGGGGAGGUGAAGCCCAUCACCCUGAAGGCCCGGAACCUCCCCCAGCCCCAGUCAGGCCAGCGGGGGUACGAGUGUGUCCUCCACAUCCAGGGGGUCAGCCACCGAGUCACCGCCCUGCGCUUCAACAGCUCCUCUGUACAGUGUCAGAACAGCUCGUAUCUUUAUGAAGGGAUGAAGAUCAGUGAGUUGCCAGUGGAUUUCUCAGUGGUCUGGAACGGCAACUUCAUUAUAGACAACCCAGAUAAAAUACAAGUGCACCUGUAUAAGUGUGCGGCCCAGAGGGACAGCUGUGGCAUGUGUCUGAAGGCCCAAAGGAAGUUCCAGUGUGGCUGGUGUAGUGGAGAGGGCCGAUGUACCCUGCGCCACCACUGCCCGCCCCUCAACCCCCGCUGGCUAGACCUCUCCAGCAAGAACGUCAAGUGUACCAACCCCCGCAUCACCGAGGUGACCCCAGUAGCUGGCCCUCCAGAGGGGGGUACCAGGGUGACCAUCCAUGGCAUGAACCUGGGCCUGGCGUUCAGUGAGAUGGUGGACAACGUGGAGGUGGCUGGAGUCAAGUGUUCCCCUGUGGAGGAAGGCUACAUCAUCGCAGAACAGAUAGUGUGUGAGAUGGACGCAGCACCAGCAGACAGCAAGCCUGGCCCGGUCCAGCUGUGUGUUGGGGAGUGCAGACCUGACCUCAAGACUCGCUCUGCCCAGCUCUACGCUUUUGUGAUGCCAUCAGUGCAGGGCCUGUCCCCCAGCAGAGGGCCUGAGUCUGGGGGCACCAAGGUGACCAUCACAGGGGAGAACCUGGGCGCUGGCAGCAGUGUCACCGUCCUCUUUGGAAACCAGACCUGCGAGUUCUACGGGAGGACCAUGACGGAGAUCGUGUGUUACUCGGCCCCCUCCCUGACUGGGGUGGGUUCGGUGCAGAUCAGCGUGAGCGUGGACCGGGCCCAGGUCAAGGAGAGUCUGAGUUUUGACUACAUUGAGGACCCCACCGUCCAGCGCAUCGAGCCAGAGUGGAGCAUCGCCAGCGGCCACACUCCUCUGAUGGUGACAGGAACUCAUCUGGAUGUUGUGCAGGAGCCCAGGAUGCGCGUCAAGUACGGCGGCCGCGAGUCUGUUAACGUGUGUAAGGUUCUGAACACCACCAGUAUGAAUUGCUUUGCUCCAUCCCUGGUGGCAGAGUACCGUCCAGGCCUGGACACGGUCAAACACGCUGAUGAGUUUGGGUUCAUCUUCAACAACGUCCAGACUCUGCUAGUCUAUAACAAAACCAUCUUCCUCUACUACCCCAACCCAUACUUUGAACCUCUCAGCACCAAUGGAGUCCUGGAACAGAAGCCCGGCUCGCCCAUCAUUCUCAAGGGCAGAAACCUGGUGCCUCAUGCCUCAGGGGGGGUGAAGCUCAACUACACUGUGUUGAUCGGGGAGACCCCCUGCUCUGUCACCGUGUCUGAGACCCAGCUGCUGUGUGAGCCCCCUAACCUCACGGGCCAGUACAAAGUCAUGGUGCAGGUAGGUGGUCUCCAUGUGUCUCCGGGGUCAGUAAACAUCCUGUCAGACAGCCUGCUCACCCUCCCCGCCAUCGUCAGCAUUGCCGCCGGUGGAGGCCUUCUCCUCAUCAUCGUCAUCCUCGUCCUCAUCGCGUACAAACGCAAGUCGCGGGAGAAUGACCUCACCCUGAAGCGCCUGCAGAUGCAGAUGGACAACCUGGAGUCCCGGGUCGCCCUGGAGUGCAAGGAAGCAUUUGCUGAGCUGCAGACGGACAUCAAUGAGCUGACCAGUGAUCUGGACAGAGCUGGUAUCCCUCACCUGGACUACAGGACCUACGCCAUGAGAGUCCUCUUCCCUGGCAUCGAGGACCACCCUGUUCUCAGAGAACUGGAGGUGUCGGGUAACGGUCAGCUGAGCACAGAGAAGGCUCUGAAGCUCUUCGCUCAGCUCAUCAACAACAAGGUGUUCCUGCUGACCUUCAUCAGGACUCUGGAGCUCCAGCGCUCCUUCUCCAUGCGCGACCGCGGCAACGUGGCGUCGCUCAUCAUGACGGCGCUGCAGGGCAAACUGGAGUACGCCACCGACGUGCUCAAACACCUGCUCUCUGACCUCAUCGACAAGAACCUGGAGAGCAAGAACCACCCCAAGCUGCUGCUGCGUCGAACGGAGUCCGUUGCAGAGAAGAUGCUCACCAACUGGUUCGCCUUCCUUCUUCACAGGUUCCUCAAGGAGUGUGCUGGGGAGCCUCUGUUCAUGCUAUACUGUGCCAUCAAGCAGCAGAUGGAGAAGGGCCCUAUAGACUCUAUCACAGGAGAGGCGCGCUACUCCCUCAGUGAGGACAAGCUGAUCAGACAGCAGAUUGACUACAAGACCCUGAUCCUGAACUGUGUGAACCCAGACAACGAGAACAGUCCUGAGAUCCCAGUGAAGGUGCUGAACUGUGACACCAUCACCCAGGUCAAGGAGAAGAUACUGGACGCCUGCUAUAAGAACAUGCCUUACUCACAGAGGCCCCGCGCUGUCGACAUGGACCUGGAGUGGCGUCAGGGGCGGAUGGCCCGCGUGGUCCUGCAGGACGAGGACAUCACCACCAAGAUAGAGAACGACUGGAAGAGACUCAACACACUCAUGCACUACCAGGUGUCUGACCGCUGUGUGGUGGCUCUGGUGCCCAAACAGACCUCUUCCUACAACAUCCCCCCAUCAGCCAGCAUCUCCCGGACCUCCAUCAGCAGAUAUGACUCGUCCUUCCGGUACACAGGUAGUCCAGACAGUCUGCGUUCCCGUGCCCCUAUGAUAACCCCUGACCUUGAGAGUGGGGUCAAAGUGUGGCACCUUGUCAAGAACCACGAGCAUGGAGACCAGAAGGAGGGAGACCGCGGCAGCAAGAUGGUCUCCGAGAUAUACCUGACCAGGCUGCUGGCCACCAAGGGUACACUGCAGAAGUUUGUGGACGACCUGUUUGAGACGUUGUUCAGUACCGUCCACCGGGGUAGCGCCCUGCCCCUCGCUAUCAAAUACAUGUUUGACUUCCUGGACGAGCAGGCGGACAAACACGGCAUCCACGACCAAGAUGUCCGUCACACGUGGAAGAGCAACUGCCUCCCGCUGCGGUUCUGGGUAAACGUGAUCAAGAACCCUCAGUUUGUGUUUGACAUCCACAAGAGCAGCAUCACGGACGCCUGUCUGUCUGUGGUGGCCCAGACCUUCAUGGACUCCUGCUCCACCUCAGAGCACCGCCUGGGCAAAGACUCGCCCUCCAACAAGCUGCUGUAUGCUAAAGACAUCCCCAACUACAAGAGCUGGGUGGAGAGGUACUACGCAGACAUUAACCGUCUGCCGGCCAUCAGUGACCAGGACAUGAAUGCCUACCUGGCAGAGCAGGCCAGGCUCCACUCCACAGAGUUUAACAUGCUCAGUGCUCUCAACGAGAUCUAUUCCUAUGUCUCCAAAUACAGCGAGGAGAUCACCAUGGCCCUGGAGCAGGACGAGCAGGCUAAGAAACAGCGUCUGGCCUACAAGGUGGAGCAGCUCAUCUCAGCCAUGUCCAUGGAGAGCUGAAACAGACCACGGGAUUGGACGACUGGACCGGCCCGGGAUAUCCAUCAGCCACAGCCACCCAACCAACAGUCCCGAUACUCACAGGGGAAAACCAACCACCACUGACCUGGGAACUUUUAAAUCCAGAAAUAAGAGUUGUUUUUUUAAUCAAAUUUUCUUCCUUUUCUGCCAUACUGCCACCAACUCCAAAAGACUCCAUAGGCUCUGGAGACAUGGGUGGUGAUGAUGAUGUACGGUGGGGCGACCACAGACCUUCAUAAAGGCUACAUGGCAUCUUUCUUUCCAGCUGAUAUUAUUUAGGGUUUGACGGGCAGUGUGGUGUGUGUGUGUGUGUAUAGCCCUGGAGGAGAGAUAUGAGAAGGAACGAACAGAGGGGAGAUGUUAUAGCCAGAUACACCCUCCCUGUCUGCUGAAAACCCACAUUAGAGACGGUGUAAGAAAAAGAGCUAGCGAAAGUGAUAAACACUUCUCCUGAUGGAUUCCAGAGAUAUUGUUGCUGAGUUUUGCUUCCAAAAAUAUCUGCUUUAUUUUUGUAUGUGUACAUUUUGAUCUUUAUCAGUUGCAGUGGAAACAUCUUCCUCUUGUUACAUAUAUGGACAUUGCUGUGCUGUACAAAGGCAUAGGUUGCAUUAUAACACGUCUUAUAGGGGGCCGUGGCCAUCAGAAAGACAUGGUUCUAAUGUCAUGUCCUGUCCUGUCCUGCUCUCUGUUCUCCUCAGACAGCAUUACCAUUCGUUAUCAACAUGAUACUCCAGACCAAGUGGACAGAACCCAGCUCUGACUGUAAACCCAUCAUCCCUGUACAGGAACCCCCAAAACGCAUUCCGCAUCGUACGGAGACCGGACCUCCUCUGAGGCGGUCAAAGUUCAACCAGCAUGCUUAUCGACCCCAAACCCCCUGUACCCUGUGUGAUAAGAGGAGAUCCACAGGCCCACAGAGCGUUUAGCUCAUAAGGACAACAACAACCAGCAUCCCACUGGUUUCUGGAAGACUCUCCUCUGCAGUAACGCCGUCUGUAUGUACUGUGAAUGUACAAAUGCUGAUGGGUCUUUUUCAUUUGAGUAUGUUUUUUCAAACAAAUAGGAGUUAGUUGAACAGAACUUUAAUGGCAAGAUAGAUGGCCAACUGAACAUCCGUCCAAGUCCCUUUACCCCUGUCACCAUCAUUUACCCUGCUACCAAAUCCUCUAUCUCUACCGUAAGAGGGUGUGUACUCUACCGUCUGUAUUGUAGCCGUAGUUGCCGUGGCUACGCUGCUCUUAACGUACAAAUACCAUAAUAUACUGGAGACUAGAUUCUAGAGUCUGCCAAGCUGGGGACUGAGGCUGGCGGCAGGAGUGAAAACACUCCAUUAUAUAACCUCUGUUUGUAUCGCUUUAGGGGGACCGGAUCAAGUGUGUGUGUAAAACUUGCAUGCAUCGUAUCACAUGUCAGAAGAAGUGUUUUCAAGGUCCAUCUUUGUUUGUUUUUGUACGUGCCAAUGGAUCAGGCCUCGCUGGAGACGGCCAGCGGCUAAAUGCUAGCGAACUUAGUUUUCUACCCAACUAUGUACCAGCAACGUCUUUCCAAAUGAGAAUAAGAGAAAGCCUUUGUAGUGCCAAAAGAUCCCGUUGUUUUAAAUGAUUCAUCGGUUAAUGCUUUACAGCGGGGGCCAUCCAAGCCUUCGAACUGAAGUAAAGAGCCUGUGGAGACGUGCUCACGUAACUGGAAGCUUGUGAACCAGCAGCAGGUACGAAAGCAGGACAGUAGCAGGCUCGGGAGAGAGACAGCUCUGUAAAAUAUAUAGUUCCAUGUCGAAAAGUUGUCUUC